CAAUCCUCAUCUCAACCCCCCCUCUUCCUCCACCUCUCCCUCCUCACAUCCACAUCUCUUUCGGAAAGUCGAUUCAACAUGACUCUCCGCUCAUAUAUCGGACGGAUGGCCCUCGCCGGCGUCGUAGCCUUCAUCUGCAUCAUAACUUUCUUCCAGGACGGCGACAGCUCUCUCGUGUCCUCGCUGCCCUCAAUUCCUCGCCCAAACCCCUCACCAUCCGCCCCGCGCAAGUUUGCCUCGCUGCGCGACCGCAUCCAGCUCUCCGAACUCUCAUGGAAACGCACCGUCUCACAGCGGCAUCAAAUGAUCUCCGCAAUGCCAAAUGCCGUCGUCAAGCCGUGGCCAAAGGACUGGACUGAGGAGCCAGGCAACCUCGUCAUGUGGGACUACUUCCCGGCGGCGUGGAGCUGCCCGCACGACGUCCAGCGCGUCGGACGCCUCGGGGACGGUGGGAAAUGGGUCUGCGGCAUGAGCGUGUAUGAGUCGCUACCCGCACCUGCAUCGUGGACCGGUUCCGCGGGUGUUCCUUCUGGUGGCCAGGAGGGUCUCGUUGUGUACAGCUUCGGCAUCAAUGGCGACUCUUCAUUCGAGGCGGAGCUGCUGGAACGCGUCCCGAGCGCCCGCAUCUGGGGGUUCGAUUUCAGCGUCAACGGAUGGGGUCCCCAAAUCACGUCUGCAGUCUCGCAACGCACGUUUUUCAAAAAAGCCGGCAUCGGCGCCAAAGACGAACCCCAUCUCACCACAAACGGCCCGCUCUACACCCUCCAGUCGUUGAUGGCGUCCAACAACCACACCUACAUCGACGUGUUGAAGAUCGACGUCGAAGGCAACGAGUUCAAAUCCCUCGAGGCGUUUAUGGAUCAUGUCCGCCGCGAGUGGAAACACGGUGGCGACGGCGUUCUUCCCAUCGGCCAGGUCAUGAUUGAGAUCCACGCCAAUGAAAAGUACAUAUCUUUCCCCAACUUUCGCCGGUGGUGGGAGAGGCUUGAAGGGAUGGGCAUGCGGGCUACGUGGAUCGAGCUGAAUCUACUACGUGUGACACUGUUCCAGGACCCGAAGCCUGACUGCACAGAGUAUGUGUGGGUCAAUGCAAAAGAUCAGCAGAACAAGCUGUGGUAUGAGUGA